AUGUACAUUAGUUUUUGUUUUGGUUCCCAGCAGUUAUCUCCAUAUUCAGAGCAGUGGUAUGAGUUAGAUCAACUCAAGGCAAGUGUAAGGUCUUUAAGUCAAGCUGCAGGCUUGCCACAUUCGCCGCUGCCACAAAAUGAGGACAGUGAAACAUUAGCUAGUGGUUUGAGCAGUGGUUCGGUGAGUGUUGAAGCUCUUGAUGAGAUUGGACUAGAGGAGACUGGUGUAAUGCUGCAAGGAGAAACAGCUCUGACUGGAUCUGUGAUGGUGGACAGGGCCCAGGAAGCUGAUGCCAUGGUAGAGCAGGUACAAGACGAUGAUCCAGGUGAUAGUGGCACUUCCUUUAGCAUGGAUGGUUCCGGUGCAGAUGACAAAGAACUAAGAAAUCAGUGGUUCCCCUUGAGGCCUAGUGCUGUAGGAGAAGAUGAUGAAGACACCAGCCAGGUGGCAUACACUGCGAUUGCACCUGCUCAGCAAUCACGCAGUGAUCGACUGCAGGGUGUCCCACAUGCUUGGUCCGAUGACGAUGCCAAGCAGACACCUCCAGAGAGGUCACAACCUGAUGGAAGAGAUGGACCAGAUCUCAAGCGACCACCUUGGAUGUCUAGCACAACCAUGAACACAAAACAGGCAGCCGCACCUCCUCCUCCUCCUCUUUCUUCUCCUCCUCAGAAACUUCCUCAGUCCAAUGGCACACCUGAAAGUAGAGACAGUGGAAGUGAGACAUCUGUACUGUCACAGCCGCAGAAUGACAUUGGUAAUGUCACGCCGUUGGACAUUAUAACCAGGAGUGUACCUUCUGUUCCAAAAGGUGCAAGUCUCAUCAGUGAGUUAAAGCACAGACAUGCCCCUCAGUUGAACAGUGAUAGUGAUACUGAAAGCCCAGUGUCUAAGCUGCUCGGCCCAAACUUCCGUGCAGUUCAACAAGUUUUGGAUAGACUGAAGCAAGACAGGCUGACUGACAGUGUCAGCGAUGACGCAGACAUAUCAGCCUCUGAGCAACAGUCUUUAAGAGAGGAAAGUCUACAAUCCUUGACAAGUACUGGCUCAAGAGGUCAUGGAAAAGAAUGGAUGACUCAUCAACCGAUUAAAACACGGCCUUCUACUGAUGCUGCAGCACGCAGUUAUGAGAUGCUUUCGUCGAGACCACCUGGAAUACUUCAUUUAUCUCACACUCAGAUGCAGCAAGGUGAUAUGCAUUUAGGGGAUCAAAGUCGCCAAAGUGACACCUCCAAUAAAGUAUUAGAACCUGAACGUGCAUCAAGCUGGACAAGUGCAAGGUUAUCUUAUCGUGAUCCACCUGAAAUGACUCCUACUGAAACUACACCACCGUCUGGCAAGCAAGCCGCUGUAAAGUCCUCACAAGACCAAAGUUCACCCUGCUCUACACUAAGCAGUAUUACUUCUGGUAACAGCGGUGAGAAAUUCUCCCAACGCGACUCUGCUCACACCGUUCCUCCACCGCUUUUACAGACAUCUUAUAAAUAUUCAACAGAGCAACAUCCUCAAAGCUCUGUAGAUAUCAGCCUCAGAAGUUCACGAAUGGCUUGGGGAGAAAGAUCUGUUUCAGGUAGAAACAUAAAGGAAUUUGUUCAGCAUAAAGAUACACUUGCUAACACAGGACUUCCAUCAAGCGCACGUUCAUCAAAAGAUCAACUGCACGAAUUAACUCCUCGGAACUCCAUAGGAAGUCGUUUUCUACCUACCAAAACAGCUUGGCCAGAAAGCAAAUUAUCCAUGAGUUCCACAGCAAGAGAGCUCUCUGCCGAUGAGCCCAAUGUUGAGGUGUCUGGUGUUGUCCCGGCAGAUGCGUUGUUGCUUCCUGGUCAUACCAGUUCGGAUCUCGUUCACGGUACAGAGCUUACUCCAAAGGGUGCAGCUACACAUUCCAGUCUAGUAGAGAAAUCUAAUGAUUCAAACAGAAUAGGGAGACAGCAUGCAGAACCUUUGCAGCAAGAAAGUGAUAGCAAUAGGAGUGCGUCAUCAGAUAACACAGAUGACUUGUUGACCUAUGAACCUGUUUUUGAAGGAGAUCGUCAGUAUCUGCGAAUGCAAAGGGAAACAAAGCGUUCUGGCUCUAAACACAGACAAUCUGAUACAGGGGACUCUCAUGUAAACAGAUUACCCGUGAGGGUGGCUAGAGAUGCAGAAACUGUUACAAGGGUGUCUGGCCAGGAACAACCACCUUCCAUCCUACGGGGCCACGAAGGCCUCCAAGGAACCCCAAUAGACGUGAAUGACAGUCACAUCAAGGCCUUACACUGGUCCCUUGGUGCAGGAACUAUUUCUCCCAUCUCGUUUCCUAGCGCUGCUCAGCUCGAUUCACAACUGGGAAAGUCAUCAACUCCUUUGGGUCCAGCAAGUGAACAUUCCAGUGUUCAUGAAGAUGGUGUCCUUCAGGAGCAAAGCCUUGAGGAAGACAACUACACAGCGCCAAGCGAGGAUCGAGAUAGGGCCCCAUUAAAACAACGUGAGAGUCAUUCCACUACUGAAGUCUCCUCGUCAGAUGAGAUUUACAGGCCAGUUUUAUACAGGGAUGUUUCAGGAAAUAAGGAAAAUCAGCCAGAUGAGAGUGCUUUCAAAACAACGUCGUAUGGAAUUUAUGACAUUCGCAGAUCCUCAGGCCCAGGUAGCACAAACAGACGUCGGAAGGCCCUGGGUCUGGAACCCAAUCCAACAAGGGAGGCUGUCAGUCAGGAGGAUAAUGGAUUAGUGUACAUUUCAGGGAGCUCGACACCAGGUAGUUUGCAAGAUGUUAGAGGAAGGUACUUGGUGAGAGAAGACGAUCCUGCUAGAAGGACUACUGACUAUCGAGAGGAACAACCAGACCAAGAGUACUACAAAGAAAGGCAUGAGAGGAGGGAAGAGCUUAGGAAGCCUAGAACUAAGGGCUAUGAACCAGAAAAACAGGCAAAGUCAACAAGUCUAGUAAGUGUUAUUCUUAUCUUUUUUCUCCUUCAGGAAGGCAAUGAAGAGUGGUUUGUUCUUGGUGAGGACCCUGCAGGUGUUGGUCCAGAUGUCCCAUCUAAUGACGAAGAGAUCUCUGUAAAGGGUAGCAAUAUCUCUGACACAAAGGUGGAGCAAGAAAAAGAAAGAGUCAAACAGCAGUUGUCUCCAUAUUCAGAGCAGUGGUAUGAGUUAGAUCAACUCAAGGCAAGUGUAAGGUCUUUAAGUCAAGCUGCAGGCUUGCCACAUUCGCCGCUGCCACAAAAUGAGGACAGUGAAACAUUAGCUAGUGGUUUGAGCAGUGGUUCGGUGAGUGUUGAAGCUCUUGAUGAGAUUGGACUAGAGGAGACUGGUGUAAUGCUGCAAGGAGAAACAGCUCUGACUGGAUCUGUGAUGGUGGACAGGGCCCAGGAAGCUGAUGCCAUGGUAGAGCAGGUACAAGACGAUGAUCCAGGUGAUAGUGGCACUUCCUUUAGCAUGGAUGGUUCCGGUGCAGAUGACAAAGAACUAAGAAAUCAGUGGUUCCCCUUGAGGCCUAGUGCUGUAGGAGAAGAUGAUGAAGACACCAGCCAGGUGGCAUACACUGCGAUUGCACCUGCUCAGCAAUCACGCAGUGAUCGACUGCAGGGUGUCCCACAUGCUUGGUCCGAUGACGAUGCCAAGCAGACACCUCCAGAGAGGUCACAACCUGAUGGAAGAGAUGGACCAGAUCUCAAGCGACCACCUUGGAUGUCUAGCACAACCAUGAACACAAAACAGGCAGCCGCACCUCCUCCUCCUCCUCUUUCUUCUCCUCCUCAGAAACUUCCUCAGUCCAAUGGCACACCUGAAAGUAGAGACAGUGGAAGUGAGACAUCUGUACUGUCACAGCCGCAGAAUGACAUUGGUAAUGUCACGCCGUUGGACAUUAUAACCAGGAGUGUACCUUCUGUUCCAAAAGGUGCAAGUCUCAUCAGUGAGUUAAAGCACAGACAUGCCCCUCAGUUGAACAGUGAUAGUGAUACUGAAAGCCCAGUGUCUAAGCUGCUCGGCCCAAACUUCCGUGCAGUUCAACAAGUUUUGGAUAGACUGAAGCAAGACAGGCUGACUGACAGUGUCAGCGAUGACGCAGACAUAUCAGCCUCUGAGCAACAGUCUUUAAGAGAGGAAAGUCUACAAUCCUUGACAAGUACUGGCUCAAGAGGUCAUGGAAAAGAAUGGAUGACUCAUCAACCGAUUAAAACACGGCCUUCUACUGAUGCUGCAGCACGCAGUUAUGAGAUGCUUUCGUCGAGACCACCUGGAAUACUUCAUUUAUCUCACACUCAGAUGCAGCAAGGUGAUAUGCAUUUAGGGGAUCAAAGUCGCCAAAGUGACACCUCCAAUAAAGUAUUAGAACCUGAACGUGCAUCAAGCUGGACAAGUGCAAGGUUAUCUUAUCGUGAUCCACCUGAAAUGACUCCUACUGAAACUACACCACCGUCUGGCAAGCAAGCCGCUGUAAAGUCCUCACAAGACCAAAGUUCACCCUGCUCUACACUAAGCAGUAUUACUUCUGGUAACAGCGGUGAGAAAUUCUCCCAACGCGACUCUGCUCACACCGUUCCUCCACCGCUUUUACAGACAUCUUAUAAAUAUUCAACAGAGCAACAUCCUCAAAGCUCUGUAGAUAUCAGCCUCAGAAGUUCACGAAUGGCUUGGGGAGAAAGAUCUGUUUCAGGUAGAAACAUAAAGGAAUUUGUUCAGCAUAAAGAUACACUUGCUAACACAGGACUUCCAUCAAGCGCACGUUCAUCAAAAGAUCAACUGCACGAAUUAACUCCUCGGAACUCCAUAGGAAGUCGUUUUCUACCUACCAAAACAGCUUGGCCAGAAAGCAAAUUAUCCAUGAGUUCCACAGCAAGAGAGCUCUCUGCCGAUGAGCCCAAUGUUGAGGUGUCUGGUGUUGUCCCGGCAGAUGCGUUGUUGCUUCCUGGUCAUACCAGUUCGGAUCUCGUUCACCGUACAGAGCUUACUCCAAAGGGUGCAGCUACACAUUCCAGUCUAGUAGAGAAAUCUAAUGAUUCAAACAGAAUAGGGAGACAGCAUGCAGAACCUUUGCAGCAAGAAAGUGAUAGCAAUAGGAGUGCGUCAUCAGAUAACACAGAUGACUUGUUGACCUAUGAACCUGUUUUUGAAGGAGAUCGUCAGUAUCUGCGAAUGCAAAGGGAAACAAAGCGUUCUGGCUCUAAACACAGACAAUCUGAUACAGGGGACUCUCAUGUAAACAGAUUACCCGUGAGGGUGGCUAGAGAUGCAGAAACUGUUACAAGGGUGUCUGGCCAGGAACAACCACCUUCCAUCCUACGGGGCCACGAAGGCCUCCAAGGAACCCCAAUAGACCUGAAUGACAGUCACAUCAAGGCCUUACACUGGUCCCUUGGUGCAGGAACUAUUUCUCCCAUCUCGUUUCCUAGCGCUGCUCAGCUCGAUUCACAACUGGGAAAGUCAUCAACUCCUUUGGGUCCAGCAAGUGAACAUUCCAGUGUUCAUGAAGAUGGUGUCCUUCAGGAGCAAAGCCUUGAGGAAGACAACUACACAGCGCCAAGCGAGGAUCGAGAUAGGGCCCCAUUAAAACAACGUGAGAGUCAUUCCACUACUGAAGUCUCCUCGUCAGAUGAGAUUUACAGGCCAGUUUUAUACAGGGAUGUUUCAGGAAAUAAGGAAAAUCAGCCAGAUGAGAGUGCUUUCAAAACAACGUCGUAUGGAAUUUAUGACAUUCGCAGAUCCUCAGGCCCAGGUAGCACAAACAGACGUCGGAAGGCCCUGGGUCUGGAACCCAAUCCAACAAGGGAGGCUGUCAGUCAGGAGGAUAAUGGAUUAGUGUACAUUUCAGGGAGCUCGACACCAGGUAGUUUGCAAGAUGUUAGAGGAAGGUACUUGGUGAGAGAAGACGAUCCUGCUAGAAGGACUACUGACUAUCGAGAGGAACAACCAGACCAAGAGUACUACAAAGAAAGGCAUGAGAGGAGGGAAGAGCUUAGGAAGCCUAGAACUAAGGGCUAUGAACCAGAAAAACAGGCAAAGGUACUUAGUAACAGGCAGGCUCGAGAGGUGCUGGCAGAAGGAGACCUUCCUGAUCCGUACCGAGAUGAAUACCAGUCACGCGAGAGCAGGAGGCCUGAUCGUUCACACCAACGUCAAGUGCGCAGUUCACCGGAGCAAGGAGGAGGACCACUGCAUCAUAGGUCAGACAGGUCAAGGCAGCUCCCUGACAAGUAUAUGGACAGAACUGACCCAAAUGGAACCAGCCAUUUUUCAAGUCGCAGUAAAAGAUCUGCCAGUUCUGGAAAAUCAAAGUCAAGGUACAUGGACGAUGACCUAACCUCUUUAUCCCAGCAAGCACGGGUAGAGAAAACAACGGCAAGUAGAAAACAUCAUUCAGAGACAUCAGGGGCCAAGACUGGCCAUUCUUCUCGUGAUAAAAGUGAUUUCCGUGGCUCUAAUACCAGUAGAUUAGAUGCCAACAUUUCAAAGUUGUCCUCACUAAUCUCAAGGUCACUUGACGAAAGUAUUUCAUCGUCGUCUCAGACAUCAACAACGUCUGCUUUGAGAAGACCACCUUCAAAGGGCAAAAGAGUCAAGAUGUCUUCGUCAACUAGUGAAACAUCAGAUGUUUCCGAGUUCUUCAAUUAUGCUUUCUUCGAGCCUCGAUUCCGCCAAUCCAUUGGAAGAAAGUUGCGACUGAGAGAGUUGCUGAGAUCUGUUAAAUCGCGGGACAUCUCUCCUAUAGUCAGAAGGUCACGGGACAGUACAUCAUCAGAGUCUACUUCAGCUGUGUCAAGCAAUGAUGGAGGAAGAGAAGAAAGAGAAUCAGUACCUAGCGUAGGGAGGGAACCAUCACCUGCAUCAACGGAACCUCGACAGUUGGACGCAGUAUCUGAAAAGCAAUUUUUUACCACAACACCUGCAGCUGGUCCAAAGUGUACUUGUUCACGGAAAGUUGUCACACAGGCGACUUCGUCAGGGGUAACGCAAUACAGGAGACAGGACCAUAGUGAUAGGGAGGUAGGAAUGCUGCGGAAACGUGAUGUUGGUGUGAACUUUCCCACACCAGCUGUCACCAGACAUCGAUCUUCCAGCUCAGAUGAGGCGCCUCGUGCACAAAUGGAAGACGCCAGUACGCAGACAGACGAGGUCUCUAGUGCACGAAAAGUGAACAGAAAGAUUGAUUCCGAACCUGAAAAAUCACGACCUAAACCAGUGAAGAGUAAAAGAGAUAUCGAGGAACAUGGGGUUAUUUCCCAACCGUCACCAAAGAAAUCCGACUACCCUUAUAUCGUGGAUCAGAGAGAGAAGCGUAGACCCAAGGAGCGACUGAUAGCAAGUCAAAACUCACCGGAUCACAGCGUCAAAACAAACAGUGACUCAAGAAACAGGACACAAGAACCUGCUUGGUUUUAUCCUAUGACAAUACAACCACAGGCUGAACGAAGAACUGCCACUCCGCUGAAUACCCAAAGUCGCACCAGGGACGAAUUACGAGUGGACGUGUUUGAUUCUGUCGUUAACUCGUCCAGCUCUCUGCGGAAGCUUACUCUUCAAGAAGCCUUUCUGUACGCAAGGCCUCAAUUUGUGAAGCGCUCACAGGAGAGAGUUGCAAGAAUAGAGCAGGCUGCACGAGAGAAAGAGAGGCGUAUAAUGAUUGCAGAGGCCACUAGAGAAGAAAAAAGAAAAGAGGCUGCUGAGAUGCGAAUAAAAAUAUCUCCUGCUUCACCCACGGUCAAGACUCGUGUGAAAAGUGGUAAGUGUCUGCAAAAUGAAUACCAGUCACGCGAGAGCAGGAGGCCUGAUCGUUCACACCAACGUCAAGUGCGCAGUUCACCGGAGCAAGGAGGAGGACCACUGCAUCAUAGGUCAGACAGGUCAAGGCAGCUCCCUGACAAGUAUAUGGACAGAACUGACCCAAAUGGAACCAGCCAUUUUUCAAGUCGCAGUAAAAGAUCUGCCAGUUCUGGAAAAUCAAAGUCAAGGUACAUGGACGAUGACCUAACCUCUUUAUCCCAGCAAGCACGGGUAGAGAAAACAACGGCAAGUAGAAAACAUCAUUCAGAGACAUCAGGGGCCAAGACUGGCCAUUCUUCUCGUGAUAAAAGUGAUUUCCGUGGCUCUAAUACCAGUAGAUUAGAUGCCAACAUUUCAAAGUUGUCCUCACUAAUCUCAAGGUCACUUGACGAAAGUAUUUCAUCGUCGUCUCAGACAUCAACAACGUCUGCUUUGAGAAGACCACCUUCAAAGGGCAAAAGAGUCAAGAUGUCUUCGUCAACUAGUGAAACAUCAGAUGUUUCCGAGUUCUUCAAUUAUGCUUUCUUCGAGCCUCGAUUCCGCCAAUCCAUUGGAAGAAAGUUGCGACUGAGAGAGUUGCUGAGAUCUGUUAAAUCGCGGGACAUCUCUCCUAUAGUCAGAAGGUCACGGGACAGUACAUCAUCAGAGUCUACAUCAGCUGUGUCAAGCAAUGAUGGAGGAAGAGAAGAAAGAGAAUCAGUACCUAGCGCAGGGAGGGAACCAUCACCUGCAUCAACGGAACCUCGACAGUUGGACGCAGUAGCUGAAAAGCAAUUUUUUACCACAACACCUGCAGCUGGUCCAAAGUGUACUUGUUCACGGAAAGUUGUCACACAGGCGACUUCGUCAGGGGUAACGCAAUACAGGAGACAGGACCAUAGUGAUAGGGAGGUAGGAAUGCUGCGGAAACGUGAUGUUGGUGUGAACUUUCCCACACCAGCUGUCACCAGACAUCGAUCUUCCAGCUCAGAUGAGGCGCCUCGUGCACAAAUGGAAGACGCCAGUACGCAGACAGACGAGGUCUCUAGUGCACGAAAAGUGAACAGAAAGAUUGAUUCCGAACCUGAAAAAUCACGACCUAAACCAGUGAAGAGUAAAAGAGAUAUCGAGGAACAUGGGGUUAUUUCCCAACCGUCACCAAAGAAAUCCGACUACCCUUAUAUCGUGGAUCAGAGAGAGAAGCGUAGACCCAAGGAGCGACUGAUAGCAAGUCAAAACUCACCGGAUCACAGCGUCAAAACAAACAGUGACUCAAGAAACAGGACACAAGAACCUGCUUGGUUUUAUCCUAUGACAAUACAACCACAGGCUGAACGAAGAACUGCCACUCCGCUGAAUACCCAAAGUCGCACCAGGGACGAAUUACGAGUGGACGUGUUUGAUUCUGUCGUUAACUCGUCUAGCUCUCUACAGAAGCUUACUCUUCAAGAAGCCUUUCUUUACGCAAGGCCUCAAUUUGUGAAGCGCUCACAGGAGAGAGUUGCAAGAAUAGAGCAGGCUGCACGAGAGAAAGAAAGACGUAUAAUGAUUGCAGAGGCCACUAGAGAAGAAAAACGAAAAGAGGCUGUUGAGAUGAGAAUGAAAACAUCUCCUGCUUCACCCAAGAUCAAGACUCGUGUGAAAAGUGACCAGCUUUUUGUGCCGAAACCAAGACAGAUGACUCGAGCGGAGAUGAAAGAUCUAAAUAAGAGGUAAAAGCAAUACUGUAAAAUUCCGGUGAGACAUGCAUUUGUUCACAAGGUUUCUUUUGGUUAGGCUUAUUUCGAGGGAAGCGGAAUUAUAUAUGGAAAGGAAUUUUGCAUUUCGCAAAAGUUUGGGUAUAAUUAAAUAUGAGGAAUAUUGCGUGAGAAAAAAUUUUUCACCAACAGUAAUACAUGGAAAAGCCUCUAAACACAAUGACAUAAAGCACAAAACAAACUCUACAGUCGUUGAAUGCUCUUGAAGCUCAGUAAUAGGUGGGACCUGAGGGGAGAAGAAAUUCUUAAUAUCUUUCCUUGAAAGUGUGGGGAGGGGGGCUGGCGAUAUUAUUGCAAGGAUAUUUGUGUCUGAAGUUGUU